AUGCAACUAGCGUUUCUGGACUUUGAAGCCGCGUUCGACUCUCCUCACCGAGGCCGUCUUGUCAACGCGCUGAUCGCCAAUGGAGUACCAGGAAAUGGUAACUGGAGUAAGACAAGGGGCAGUGGCAGGACCUUUCCUGUUCGACGACAUUAUGACGACAUUAUGCGAAGAACAGUCGACCAGUGUCCUGCCGACAUUGUCUUAGCACCAUCUGGGUGCCCCUUCACUGACCUCGAGUACGCCGACGAUGUUGUUUUAUUCGCGGAAAGCAGUACGAAACUUCAACAUGUUGUCAACCUUAUAUCGAAGCUGGCUCCAGCCUAUGGACUACGCCUACGCCCCGAUAAACGCAAGUAG